AUCAACAGAAAGAGCCAAAGAUGUCGGCUAGGUCAUGUUAUCAGCUGUGGGACAUCUACACUGAUCAUCAGGACACUGAUGAUCAGUGUGCCCUGAUAAUCUGUGUAGCCCAAUCAGUGCCAUCUGUCAGUGUCCAUCAGUGCUAGCUGUCAGUGCUCAUCCAUGCCACCUGCCAGUGCCCAUCAAUGCAGCAUUUCAGUGCCUACCAGUGCACAUCAAUGCCACAUAUCAGUGCCCAUCUGAGCUGCCUUUCAGUAUCACCCAUCAGUACCACCUAUCAAUGCCAGUCAGUGCCACCUAUCAGUGCUGCCAACCAGUGCCACCUAUCAGUGUGCAUCAGUGCCGCCUAUCAGUGUGCAUCAGUG